CAGGCUAACCAAUCAGAAGCUCUGAGACAAACUCCUUCUUCAAACUCUCCACCAAUCAGAGCUGCCGUGUCAGCGUGCGGAGCAGCCUGGUUUGUGCCAGUGUCCUCGGUACGGUACGACUCAGAGGAACGGUUUCACCCCGCUGCGGCUUCGACCACCAAGCGCUCUCGACAUGCCCGGGAAGUGACCGUCGACGCCGGUGGCAGCGCCCAGACGUGGACCGUGGAUGAGCGGGGAGGCUCCGCGCCGCGCCGACAGUCUUCGGCCUGAUGGAGCUGUGGACUCCUCUCCUGCUGUACACCAGGGAGCUUGAUCCAUGCCUGAUACCCAGCAAACAACCAUAAAGGGUGGGAAACUCAAAUACCCUCAGACUCCUUUUUCCCCACCCCUCUCCCUGAAUUACCCCUGUGGUGACGCUGUCCUGCCUGUCCUGCCCUCUUUGUGACCUACGGCAUGCUGGGAAAGCUGAAGCAGAACCUGCUGGUGGCCUGCCUGGUCAUCAGUUCGGUCACAGUCUUUUACCUCGGUCGUCAUGCCAUGGAGUGCCACCAUCGCUUCGAAGAGCGCAGCCAACCUGGCGGGGUCCUGCCUUUGUCGGCGCUCGGGGGCAGCAUGCGGACCACCUUACGGACCGGCCAGAAUCUCAGCGGGCCUUUUGUUUACAACAAAGACAUGCCGCUCAUCUUCAUCGGCGGCGUGCCUCGGAGCGGGACCACACUGAUGCGAGCAAUGCUGGACGCUCACCCAGAUGUGCGUUGUGGUGAAGAAACCCGUGUCAUCCCACGCAUCCUGGCUAUGAAGCAAAUGUGGAGCCGAUCAGGCCGGGAGAAAAUGCGCCUGGACGAGGCCGGUGUGACGGAUGAGGUGCUGGAUGCGGCCAUGCAGGCCUUCCUGCUGGAGAUCAUCGUCAAACACGGCGAGCCCGCCAGCUUCCUCUGCAACAAGGACCCUUUUGCUUUAAAGUCUCUGUCUUACCUGGCCAAGAUUUUUCCUCGUGCCAAGUUUUUGCUCAUGAUUCGCGAUGGGCGAGCAUCUGUCCACUCUAUGAUCUCAAGGAAAGUGACCAUUGCAGGCUUUGACCUGAACAGCUACAGGGACUGCCUGACCAAAUGGAAUCGGGCCAUCGAGACCAUGUACACUCAGUGCCUGGAUGCAGCAGACAAAUGCCUCCCUGUGCACUAUGAACAGUUGGUUCUCCAUCCUGAAAAAUGGAUGCGGACAUUGCUAAAAUUCCUUGACAUUCCUUGGAAUGAUGCUGUCCUCCACCACGAGGACCUCAUUGGGAAAGCUGGGGGAGUUUCCCUUUCCAAGGUGGAGAGGUCCACAGACCAGGUCAUCAAGCCCGUCAACGUGGAGGCCUUAUCCAAAUGGGUUGGAAAGAUCCCCCCCGACGUGGUGAGGGACAUGGCCGUCAUCGCCCCCAUGCUCUCCAGGCUGGGUUACGACCCGCACGCCAACCCCCCCAACUACGGCCAGCCCGACCCUAAGGUUCUGGACAACACCAGGAGGGUCUUUAAAGGUGAAUUUCAGCUCCCAGAUUUCCUAAAAGAGCAGUCACAGAUCCAGAAGUCUGCAGAGAAGUCCAACCCCAAUUAGGACCAGAGGCAGUGCCGGCGCCGCCGUACGGAGGACGGAGCGCAGCAGAGGAUUCUGGGUCUCUGGAGGCUGGAUUGGCCCUCACCCUCCUUCCUGCUCAUCGCCUUUAGGAGAGCUGUCAGCCUUCAAUGUCAUACCUUACAGAGAACACGCCUCUCAGCACCACUGAAUGUCUGCCGAUCAUCACAUCCGUGUCUCAUUGCACCCAUUGAUUCGUAGGAACGACUUUUUUAGAGAAAAACGGAUUCUUGUAAGAAACAGCAGAACCUGAGAUCAGCCCAAGUAUUUAUGAAUGAGAACUUAGCCUUUGAAGAGAUGCAAUACCUAUUUUAAUGUUUAAUGUUUUUUUCAUGCCUUUUGUAUUGUGCAAUGUCAUGGGUACUGAUGAGUUUGAUGUAACAGCAGUGAUAAACGAAGCUUUUUAAAAAAAAGUUUGUUUGAUUUUUUUUUCUGAAGAAAUGACAAUCUUUCACAGUACAUCAGGGUCACAUGUACAAGUGUUUGUGUAGUG